CAGCGUAAACACUGAGCCGCGGCUAACUCUGCGCCUGACCCCCAGGAGAAACCUGGAUGUCGGCGAAGAGGCGAUGGGAUUGAUUGGAUAUUUUCCGCUGCAUUACCGUGACAGAUUCGCCUGUUUUAUUAUAAGAUUCUAGUCGCCCGGGAGCAACAUUAGCCAGCUCUCGUUUCGAGACAAAGCCGACGGGCUAACUAGCUUAGCUUCGGUUCACUGCGAAGGUAUGAAUUCUCUGGUUGGUUACGGAGUGUCCUCGGAAUCUGACAGCGACGGGGAUGGAAGCACCGGUGGAGUUGGCUCUGCUCAGGAGGCAACAUCGGUCAACAAGACCCGCAAUUUCUUGCUAGAGUCUGGCUCAGCCUCCAGUGAUUCAGGCAGUGAAUCCGAGAAAGAGGAUCCAGAGCCAGCGCAGCCCCUGACACCAGCGUCGUCUGCAGCCUGUCAGCCCACCCCGCCUGCACCCUCCCGGGGUUCACUCACCUCUAAUAAACUACCGCCUCCUCCCCUGAAUGCCGGCUCCGACAGCAGUGUGUUUGCCAACCCUUUCAAGGCCCAGGCGGACCAGAAGCUCAGCGCCCUGCAGAAGCAUGUCCCCCUGACGAUGCAGGCCAAACCCUCCCAGAUAGGGGGUAAAAGGAUGUGUGUGUCUUACAGGAAAGAUGGAAGGUGCAGGUUUGGGAUCAAAUGCAAGUUUGCUCAUGACAGUGACCUCCAGACCCCAGUCACCCCCACUGACUGCCAUCCACCCGUGAGUGACGAGGCACCAGCUACAGAACGGGUUGAGCCCCUUGCGGGUGGCUCCUGUGGUGCAGGAUCCCAGAACCUGACAGAGGAGGAAGAAUCAGGAGGGCGGCAAGUGAAGAAGAGGAGGGUUGGACUGAGUAACACCUUGAUUCCUCCUAAACGAGCUAUGAAGCAGUACGCCCUGCACAGGGACAGAGAGCGGAUCAACAUGUCUUGAUGGAUGCUUUCUGAACUGUAUUGCGGGUGAAAUAUGUUGUGUGUGUGUAUGUGUGUCGGUAGAAGUUGUUUAGUGUCCACUGUAGGAUUAGUGGAAAACUCAGGUCUAUGGAUAAAUUUUUAUCAGGCGGCAACAAAAAUUUUUAUUCCCCACAUUCACAGUUGAUGAACCAUUUGUGUUGUGGACAGAGGGAGCUGGGGAUUGAACCACCAACCUUGCUAUUGAUGGCUGACCCCUCCACCACCUAACCUGUAGCUGCCCCAGUCGAAUGGAAAGAAAGAUUGCGUGUGAUGCGUUGGGUUUUCCCGCCAAAAUUAUGUUCUCAGAUAGUCAAUGAAAACACUUUGGAUAAAUGUGAAGACAUUUAUUUACAUCAUAUAAAUGAACAGCUUUUGUGUUUGCGCUACCACACAUCCUAUAUCACAGAUCAGAGAGGUGAUGAUUUAGUAUUGACAUACAGUGUGUUCCAAAGUCUCGACAUUGCCUUGCUUAUCAAAUUAAGGAGGCUUCAAAGGCUAUGGGCCACAUUUUGAGUUUAAUUGUCUAAAUCCUUGACUGUGCGUGCUGGUUUAAGUGGGAUUUAAAAUGUCCAAGGCCAGCAUUGGCUGCCUACAGUGACCUAAGACUCUAGUGAGCAGUACAUACAUUGUACGAGUUGUUAUUCCCUCCAAGUCAACCAACAGCAGGUCUUAACGAACAGCUGCACAAAUAUCAUUGAAACAGAUUUAA